AUGGAAAUCAAAGGGAAGAAAGAUUUAAUUUUUUCUCUUUUGCAUUCCACAUCUAAAGAACUUGCAGCAGCUUUUGUUGAUUCUUUUAAAAAUGACAAGAAAUGGAAAGAAAAACUCAAAUCAAAACAUUUCUGUCAAAUGCAUCUUCAAGCAUUUAUAUAUGCGUUAUAUAAUGAGGACAAAGCUGAAGAUACCAUCAAAGUUUUGAGAAAUUGGCUACUUAAUGAAACUGAAAUCGAUUUCGUUCCAAAUGAAGAGUAUAAUGACUAUAUAACGCAAAUUAUAUACUUGCUUCCGGAUGUUUUGCAAGUAAUAGAAAGCAAAAAAGCCUUCAAUUUAAUUACUAUUUUUUCAAAUUUUGUUAAUGAUGUAUUCGAAAAUCACUUAAAAUACCCACAACGAAAAUUGAAUAAAGUAACUUGGUACGUUUCGAUGAAAGCGAUAUUCGAAAUAGUUAAUCAAACACAAACAAGUAAUAUAAGCCAAAAAUUCAUUGCUUUAUUUAUUAAAUACUAUUUCAUCACUUAUUUAGAUAAUAUGCAAAGCAGAGAAAUCAUAGAAAACUUCUUAGAAUAUUUUUCCAAAGGAAAUGUUCAAAUGGAAGUAAAAUUACGUCAAUUCAUCAGCAGUUUAUUCAAGUCUUUCUUCAGUUUUCCGACAGAUCCCGUAGAAAGAAACUUUAUCGUUCAUUCUUUGUUUGUUACGCGAGAAAUGCUGAAAGACGACAAAAAACUGGGCGAAUACUUCUUCCAGAUAGGUAUUGAUACUAUAAUCUCAAAGUUUUCGAACCUUGACGAUCAAUAUGUACAAACUUUCAACUUAGAUUUUGUAUUUGAAAUUUUUUCAGAGUCAAUAUUCAAUUCUACGAGCGAAAUGGAUGAUUUUAAGCUUGCUGAUAAAAUUAAUAGUAUUGCCAAGCUUUGUUCUCUUGUUUCUCUCGGUCAAUUUAAUGAAUUAUCGAAAUGGGAAAAAAAAUUCAUAAAAUACCUCAAAGACCAAUUCCUACAAGUCAUAAUUCCUAAUAUAAACAAACUGAUUGUAAAAUCUCAUGUAGGAAUCGGAAAUUUGGACACAAGAUUGGCAAAUCUCAUUGCCAGGAAGCCGAACAUUGGUUUUGAGCUCAAGGAAAUCAUUAUCAACCUCGCCAGUCUAUCAGAAGCUCAUUGGAUCUACACAUUGACGAAUUUUAUUGAAAAUUCUUAUUUCCAAGUGAGAAAUUUCAUCAAAGAGAUGAAAGACUUCAAUUCUGGCAAGGAAAUGAAGGUAGACUUCGACCACUUAGUAUGCGAUUUGCAAUGCUUGGUUCAUUGUGCUUUAAUGAACGAACCGAUUUUAUUAUGCAACAUUGCUCAAUACAUUGCUUACGAAAACAUCACAAAAGAAAUGCAUGAUUCUCCGUCAUGCUUGAAACCGAUCCUGAUGCUUCCUUUCGCUAAAUCAAAAUUAGUAAAUUCCGUAAUGGAGAUUUUCAGGCUUCAUUUGUCUACAAGAGCCAAUAUUAAGAAAUCAGAACCAUAUAUUAUAUCUGUUUGCAUUGUUUUCAUUGAAUUAUCUUAUAAUUCGACUUCAUUAUUAUUUGAUCCUUAUUCCUUUUCGAAUCUCAUUGAUAUAAUGAGCAUAGAAGAUCCUCAUAACGGCAAGAGGGCUUUUUCCGAUGAUUUCGUGGAAUUAACCCUUGAUAAUCUCCGAACAAUUCCAACUGACCCAUCAAUAGCAAAUGAGUUAUUGAAACAAUGUUCAAAGGUCAAGACAUACUCAGUUUGCAAUAAUUCGAUCCUUACUUUCGGCGAAACCGACUCAAAAGAUAAAUAUAUUGCAAUAAUUAGAGGAAGAUCAGGAAUUAAAGCGUUUGAAUUGAAGAACAUCCCUAAUGAUCCUAAAAACCAGAAGCAGGAAGAGCCAAAGAACAAGAUUUUGACUUAUUCUGAAUUAGGACUUGAAAAACCUUCAAUUCCGUUUGAAGAAUACCCUCAAAUGCCUCCUUAUUCUAUAGAUAACCCCGCAAUCACGUUUUUGAUCAAUCUUUCUGCGUUUCAUAACAUAAAAUAUGUUGAAAACCCAGAUUUCACAGAAUAUGACAAAAACUGUGAACCUCUACUUUACAAAAUAUCGUUUGUAUCGUUUGAUAACGCUUACAACGAUCUCCAUGUUUUUGAUAACAUUUCAAAACAAAUUCGAAGGACAGCGAGGGCUUCUUUCGAAGUUGUAUACGAACAUGAUGAUGACGCGAUCAUAACUGUUGUUUUCAUGAACUAUUUGCCAGGAUUAAAGCUUUUGGUCGACGAAUCAGAUACAUCGAAGAAAAUUUUCAUUUCUCCUUGUGGAAACUUCUACAGAGUUGUUUGUAAUCAUAGGUUCAAUGAAUUCGAGCGAAAUAUUAACGCAAACAAGAAUUCUAAAGAUAUGAGUAUAAAUGACUUCCCAAUUAGAAGAUUUUCGGCCAAAAACUGUGCAGAAUUCAUCAGAAUAUACGCAUUUCUUUCAAUCUGCUCUGAUGGUUAUGAACCAGAGAAGAAACUUCCGAAAUUCGCUGAUGACAUGAUGAAACAAGACAAAAGAAGAAAAGAAGAACUGGCAAAGCUGAUGAAAUUAGGAAAUGCAUCAGUAAAUCAAGAUCCUAUUCUUGAUGAACUGAAUGAAUUACCAAAUUUGUUUUAA